GCAGGACAGUAGUGCUCUCGAGCUCUCCCGGAUUUCCACCUGACUGCUCGGGAAGCGGGAUUCUGGGACAGCAGAAUGUUGAGUUUGGGGAGCGGAGGAGCCAAGUCCUCUAAACCGUCAUUUGUGUCUUAUGUGACUCCCGAGGAAAUAAAAUUGGAGAAAGACCCACAGAAGAAAGAAAAACAUCCUGAUUUGCUUCCAGGUGAAGUGGUGUUCUGCAGUGCCAAUCCCAUUCUCAAAUACACUCAAGAUGACCUCUCCCAGCGUGGCGUCUUUGGCACUUUGCUCUGCACCAAUUUUCGUGUUGCUUUCAUCAGUGAUGAUGCACCACAGGAAGAGAUGUCCAAGACCUUCAAGAACAAACUCUAUGGUGAAAAUGACAUUCCAUUAAUGUGUGUGGAUCACAUCUAUGGUGUUUAUGAUGAAAAGAGGAAACUGAUAACAGGAGGCCUUGUGAAGAACAAAUGUCCAUCCAAAAUGAUCAUUCACUGUAAAGAUCUUCGAGUCUUUCAGUUCUGUUUAACAUUCUCCAAGGAGGAAGAUGCCAAAAGGAUCUUUCAGGGAAUUGCUCACCAUUGUUUGGAGGAAAAAUCUCUCAAGUGUGUUUUUGCCUUUUCUUAUUUAAGGUCAACGAACCCAGAAAUGCUGAGAAAACGAGAGGCAAUUAUGUUCGACUCACCAGAGGAUUGGACCCAGGAAAUGAAACGGACCAAAGCACAAUGUAGAUUAGUCACUGAAAAUGAGAACUUUGAACUGUCUCAAAGGUUGCCACAGUACUUUGUCAUCCCAUCAGCACUGGGUGAUUUAUUCAACUAUCAGGGGAAGGGACUACCAAUCUGGUGCUGGUCUCAUCACAGCGGUUGUGCUCUCUUCAAAGCAUCUUUCCCAUCUAUGACACAGGAAGAUGGGGAUUUUCAAAGCCACUUGGACACAAUGAUUACUGCAGUCGCACGGAACUACCUUUAUUCAGUAAAAACAGAAGACCUCUCUGAAUCACUUCCUACUCUCCAAGACAUCCAGCAGUCAUAUAACAAGUUCAAACAAUACUUUCUCAUCGAUAAUACAACAGAUUUUUGGUUAUCAGAUGUUAAAUGGUUCUCUUCUCUUGAGAGCUCAGGAUGGCUGGACAUCAUUAGACAAUGUCUCCAAAAAGCAGUAGAGGUGGUGGAAUGUCUUGAAAAAGACAACACAAAUGUUCUUAUAACGGAGGAAGAGGGGACAGAUCUGUGCUGUGUGAUCUCCAGUCUGGCUCAGAUAAUGCUGGACCCGUAUUACAGAACACUGAUGGGUUUCCAGAGUCUGGUGCAGAAGGAGUGGGUGGCUGGUUGCCAUGCCUUCCUGGAUCGAUGCAAUCACCUCCAUCAGAAAGACAAGGAGUGUCAUUCUCCAGUCUUCCUCCUGUUCCUGGAGUGCGUGUGGCAGCUUGUUCAGCAGCACAGCCCGGCUUUCCAGUUUUCCGAAACCUACCUGACUGUGCUAUCUGACAGUGUUCAUGUGCCAAUCUUCAGCACCUUUCUCUUCAACUCUGCUCAUCACCGAGAAAGUGUAAUGAAGGCCGAGUCACCGAUUGCACAAAGCAGGCCAUUGAGCUGCCCUACAGUGUGGGACUGGUCGGUGCAGUUUGACAGCAAGGCCCAGAAUUUCUUCUUUAACCCUCUGUAUUCAGAGAAGGUGAAACAUGAGAGAACUGUUCGUAGACCUCACAAACACAAGCACCAAAGGCAGUUAUCCUUGCCCAGCUCAGCUUUCAAAACCCCAACCAAGAAAGGCUUCUUCAAAGACGAGACCGACAGCCUUAAGAAGAUGCUCCGAGUGAAGCGUAUCAGUCGCUGGAUGGGCUCUCCAGACUCUCCCGUCGUCGCCAGCAGAGAGUUUUACGAGUCCUGGCAGCAGCGUCCCCUGGACUAUCACGGGCUCCUGCUGCCCUCUUUGGACGGACCGUCUGUCCGCAUCUGGAUGCAGCGCUACCUACGCUGGAUCCCUGAAGUGCACAUCAUGGGUGGAGGCUCGGUGGCCAUCAUGACCAAGCUGAUGGAGCUGCUGAGUCAAGUGGAGGAUCUGAAGCGUGUGCUGGAGCAGAGAGACCCAUCGCUGGCCACUCAACCCGAUCACCCUCCACCUCUUCACCAUCGGCUGCCCUCAUUCGGUUCCUCAGGACGACUCUCAUCCUCGUUCCCCUUCACUUACAGCCGCAACCGUUCCUUCAAACCCAUCAUUCCCACAGGUCUAAUGCAAAGCCUCAUGGUGGCCGAUAAUCUGGCCAAUCAGGAGGACGAGACCAGUUAGGCUGAGAGUUUGGUUUAAUAGGAAAUCUGUUUCCAUCCAUUAAUGGUUAUAUUAUUUAAUAAGUAUAUUAUAAGGUAGAUACAGGAUUAAAGUGGCCUUGAAGGUGUAUAAAGUGCCUUUGGUGCUAAAGCGGGUCUUUUUUUGAAGUAAAACAGGGUUUUGUUCAACUAAAUGUGCCCUACUGUAUUGAAAACAUAACAUGAAAAUUUAGACAGGAUGUAGACUUUUUUUUUUGUGGAAGUUUUUUUAAGAACAGUACCUAGUAUUUUCCUCUUGCUCAUCACAAAACAGGAACAGGAUACAGGCUUGAACAUCCAGGCUUUCCAUUGUGUAAAGUGUUACUUAAAAGGGAUAUCGGAAUAGCUGUUGUCAAUUUGUUCUCCCUCAGAUCAUUCAAGAUGCACCCUUUUUCUAAAUAAGAACAUUUUUACCUGGUAAUAAUGUGGUCCUUGGUGACUACUAAAGUGUAAGUCUACAGCUUCCUGGACUUGGAAAUGUUAAAAAAACAUAUACGGGAAAAUCUAAAUUUAUCCUACUGAUUACUGAUGAUUUGUUAAGCACAGGGAACUUGUGCUCCAGAGG